AUGAAAAAGGUCUUUGAGAUGACAGAUCUUGGUCUUAUGACUUAUUUUCUGGGCAUGGAGAUCACUCAAAAGAAGAAUGAGAUUUUUAUUUGCCAGAAAAAAUAUGCAAAGGAGAUUCUAAAGAAUUUUCACCUUGGUGAAUGCAAACCAAUGAACACUUCAAUGAAUAAAAAAGAGAAGCUUAUCAAGGAGGAUGGAACAGAUAAAGUUGAUGAAGCUUAUUUUAGAAGCUUGAUUGGGUGUCUAAUGUAUCUUCCAUCCACAAGGCCUGACAUCUUAUUCCUAGUUAGCUUGCUGUCAAGAUUUAUGCACUAUGCUAGUGAAUUGCACUUGAAGGCAGCAAAUAGAGUUGUAAGAUACAUCAAUGGAACUGUUAAUUAUGGAGUUAAGUACUACAAGGUACAAAACUUUAAAUUAUUUGGUUUUUCUGGCAGUGAUUGGGCUGGUAGCUUGGAUGAUAUGAAGAGUACUUCAGGGUACUGUUUUAGUAUGGGUUCAGGUGUUUUCUCUUGGUGCUCCAAAAAGCAAGAGGUUGUAGCUCAAUCAAUAGCAGAAGCUGAGUUUAUUUUCAGCUAUAGCAGCUGUGAAUCAAGUUAUUUGGUUGAGGAAUAUUUUAACAGAUUUGGGUAUGAAGCAAGAUAA